AAAAAAGAAGAUAAAAGAUUGUUUCCAUCUUACCAUCUUUCGAAAAAAAAAAAAAAAAAAACUCAACCAACAAAGAAACACAAACAGAACCAAAGUACUUUGUGUAAAAGCAAAAACAGAGAAGAAUAUCAACAAGUCAUAUUGAUAUGUCUGAAGUUCGAGACCCUGAGAUUAAGCUGUUUGGUAAAACAAUUGGUAUGACACGAGAAACCAAUUGUAUUAAUCUUCAUGAUUAUCAUACAAGCUUCUCUCCUCUUUCAACUGCUUCAUUUGAUGAUAAGAUCACUUCACAAGGAGAAUUUACACAAAGCAAACAAGAUAAUGAACUUGUCGAUCCAACUGCAGACUCGUCGGUUGAACCAGAAGCAUCAUCUGGUAUAAUCGAUGACCUGAAGAUGCAGGACACAGAUAAAGAAGCAUCAUCACCAAAAUCAAUCGAGGAGGAAGAUUCGAGUGUGGAGGAAAAGACACUCAAGAAGCCUGACAAAUUAGUUCCAUGUCCACGAUGUAAUAGCAUGGAAACAAAGUUCUGUUAUUAUAACAAUUACAACGUCAACCAGCCCCGUUAUUUCUGCAAGAACUGCCAGAGAUAUUGGACAGCUGGAGGAACAAUGAGAAAUGUGCCUGUUGGUUCUGGUCGCCGAAAGAACAAAAAUUCUUCAACUUCAAAUUAUCAUCAUGGAAUGCACCUUCCUGCUUUAAGGCCAAAUGGGACUGUCCUUACAUUUGGAUCAGAUAAAGUACCCUCUAGUGAUUCAAUGGUUUCCGUACUAAACCUAGCUGAGAAAGAAAUUGGGAGUGAUCAAUCAAAUGGACCUUGUAGUACAGCUUCAAGUGUAACUGAACAAGAACAAAAUUCCAGUACUGAUUGGAAGAAUUCCCAGGCAUUUCCUCCUCAAGUACCUUAUUUUCAAGGCGCUCCGUGGCCUUAUUCUGGCUUUCCGGUAUCAUUCUAUCCAGCAACACCCUACUGGGGUUGCACAGUAGCAAACCCUUGGAAUGUACCGUGGCUUUCGUCUGAUCAAUCUGCCCAGAACACCUGUCCCACUUCACCGACGUUAGGGAAACAUGCUCGGGACAAUCCAUCACAAUCAGGGAGAGAAGGAGAGAGAUGUGUACUGAUUCCUAAGACGUUAAGGAUUGAUGAUCCAAAUGAAGCGGCUAAAAGUUCUAUCUGGUCAACACUAGGUAUCAAGAACGAAAAGAUCAAUUCGGUUCGUGGGGCAACACUCUUCAGGGCCUUUAAUCCAAAAGCUGAUGAGAGAAACCAUGAAUCUGAUGCUUCUUUAGUCCUGCAAGCUAAUCCUGCAGCCUUGUCUCGAUCACUUAAUUUCCGCGAGUGCACACAAUAAGUGAGAGUUCUUUAAGGUAUAAGAAUUUAUAGUUUUGCAGUAUGCGUACCUUGUACAUAAACCUGUAGAGUUUUAAUAGAUAGAGAUAAUAAAAUGCAGCCAAAGUUCUGACUGACUUCUGAUAUUGGUAGUUUUUUGUUCUGGAUA